ACGGAGACGGAUGAAACUUAAUUUAUCGGUCAAAGUGUAAUUGAAUAUAUUCACUUUUUCCUCGCGGAACGCGCACACGCACCUGCACGGGACGACGCGGAGCCAAACAAAGUGGUUUUGACCAAAAUGGCCCGUUGGAACUGAAUAUUGGAUUCUCUUUGGGGCUUUAUUGAUGCCAGUAGUUCAGCAGAGGGCAUUGGGUUCACCCUCAGUUUGAAGUUCGAGAGCACUUCACGGACUUCUCUCUUAAUUGUUGCUUUGGAGAUUCAGCUUUGGUGACAAACUCCCACAGUGACCUGCUAGUUUCUGCUGGACUCCCUCCACGGUUCAGAGCUCUCCGUGCCUCCGUCUCCUCCCCGGACAAUGUGGCUCCCCCGUCUCGCGCUGCUGCUGCUCCGGUUCUCCGGGGUUCUGCUGGUGGAGGGCUUCAACACGUGCCACUCCAUCAACCUGGACGAGCAGAAGUCCCGGCGCAUCGAGGCGGUUCGCGGACAGAUUCUCAGCAAGCUGCGCAUUCGCAGCCCGCCGGACAAGGACGAGGCCCCGCCGCCUGGCUCCGUGCCCCCGGAGAUCAUGCUGCUCUACAACAGCACGCGAGAGCUGCUGAAGGAGCGCGCGCGCCUCGCCGAGUCCGCGUGCGAGCGCGAGAGCAGCGAAGAGGACUAUUACGCCAAAGAGGUGCAGAGGAUUGACAUGCUGCCCCCCCGCACCGACACAAAUGUGGUACUGCCUGUAACCCUAGACCCCCAUUACCGAGUCGUCCACUUUGACGUCAGUGGCGUGGACCUGACCAACAGCACCCUGGUCAAGGCUGAGUUCAGGAUCUUCAGAGCUCCCAACCCGCAGGCCCGGGCCUCAGAGCAGAGAGUGGAGAUCUAUCAGCUGCUGAAGCCAGAUGAAGAGAGCAUCUCCACUCAACGUUAUAUUGACUCCCGCACCGUUCAGCCGAAGGAGAAGGGAGCCUGGAUCUCUGUGGCCGUUACCGAAACCAUAAAGGACUGGGUGUCAGAUCCAGAGAACAAUCUUGGCCUCAAGUUGGGCGUCCACUGUCCCUGCUGCACCUUCGUCCCGUCCACCAACAACAUUGUUCCCAACAAGAGUGAGGAGCUGGAGGCUCUCUUUGCAGGUGUAGAUGACGAGCAUCUUCGUCAGAUAAGAAAGCCCGGUCAGGUCAAAGGCCAGGCGGAUUUCAGCACCAAGACACCGCAUCUCAUCCUCACCAUCCUGCCCAGUGACAGAGUGGACAGCCCGGCCAGGAAGAACCGCAAGAAGAGGGCUGCCGCCACUGACACCACGACCUGCUCCCGGGGCUCAGACCAGGGAUGCUGCCUGCGCUCGCUCUACAUCGACUUCAGGCGGGACCUCAACUGGAAGUGGAUCCAUGAGCCCAAAGGUUACAAAGCCAACUUCUGUGCCGGCAACUGUCCUUACCUCUGGAGUGCCAACAACCACUAUAACAUGAUCCUGCCCCUGUACAACAAGCUGAACCCUGAGGCCUCCGCCUCGCCCUGCUGCGUUCCUCAGGACCUGGAGCCCCUCACCAUUAUGUACUUCAUAGGACGCACACCACGUGUUGAGCAACUCUCCAAUAUGGUCGUCAAGUCCUGCAAGUGCCGCUGAGUUCAGCGGAAGAGGUGAGGGAGGAGAAUGACUACGGGACCAAGACUACAAACUGUUUCGGUCGGGGGAGGAAGACGAGAGGUGGAUCUCUGUUCAUUAAUCUUCUCUGUUUGAUCACCUUUAGCAGACUUUUGAGAUGUAACAUUUUUGCUCAAAUAUCCCUUUUUUUUGGCAUGAAAACUUCUUCAUUCUCUGGAACUGUGCGAUUGAUACAGGACACUGUUAA